AUGUCAAUACCAGAAGGUUUUGACAUCUGGGAAGAGCACGACUUGAUCCUCGUGUCAAACCGGAAUGUAGCCCAAGAACUGCAAGGCCAUAUCGAUCGCCUGAAACCCAGAUUCGAAAAUGACCAAUUAAACACUAUUUCCUACACGAAGUUCAUGCAAACCAAGGACAAGAUCAUCAAGCUCGAAGUAGCAGAGGCUUUAGUACAGAAGACAAUGGACCUGUACCGUUGGGCGCGCAAUGAGGGCAAGAAGCAGAGACCGGCGAGUCCUGUGGAUACGGUUCCAGCAUCGGAGUCAAAGUACGCUGUUGCCAUUGGGGUGGAGGGCGAUUUGCCGGUUUCACCAUUAAGGGGCGUGUAUUUUCUUAAAAUGAUAUUGAAGGAUCAGUGGCGUAUUGUGGUCAAGCUCGAUCCACAGGAGACCAGACUCCGCAACAAUCAAUCGAUUGACAUGAUUGAUUCCUAUAUAGGUUAA